UCCAGCAGCAACGUAUCCAUUGCGAAAAUUACAAAAGCUCCUCGCGCGCGUGAUAAGUAUUGUAUCUCCCUCGAUUCCACGAAUACGCAUAUCCUUUUUUUUUAUUUCCUCGGGUUAUACAUAUUAUACCGAGUAUAGGUGCACCUGUUGGAAAAUCGGUUAUUCCUCGGUUAAGCACAUUAUCGGUACGGCAGCAGUAGCGCUCGUCUCCUGGAAAGGAGUUCCCUACUGCUGUAGGCCUAGUUACAUUACGGUCCGCACCGCUAUGUCGAGAAUCCGGUUCCUCGCCUACCUCGUCGGCGCCGUUGCUGUUCUCGUCCUUUCAGUCAAGGGUCAGAGCAAUCGAAAUCAACAGCAGCAGCAGUCGCAGCAGGAGCACAAGAAGGACGAGGAAUUCAAGUGCCCCGAAGGCCAGGGAAACGGGAACUUUGCCGAUCCCGCGACUUGCAGGAGAUUUUAUCAGUGCGUCGACAACUAUCCUUACUUGAAUCGAUGCCCGUCCGGCUUGUACUUUGACGACAUCAGCAAAUUUUGCACCUUCAAGAACGAAGCCCGAUGCGGCCCCAUUGCAACAACGCCAGCGCCAUCGACGGAGGCGCCUACGAAUCUCGCCCAGCGCUGCGACACGUCGCAAUGCAUACUUCCCUAUUGUUUUUGCUCUCGAGACGGCACCAUUAUACCCGGCGGCUUGAGGCCUCAGGAAACGCCACAAAUGAUUCUAAUGACGUUCGAUGGGGCGAUAAACCACAACAACUUCGAUCAUUAUCAAAAAAUAUUCAACUCGGACCGGCGCAAUCCGAACAAUUGCCCGCUCAAGGGGACCUUCUUCAUUUCCCACGAGUACUGCAACUACAAUAUGGUGCAGAGCUUCGCUCACGAUGGACACGAAAUCGCCGCAGAAACCAUCUCGUUGCAAAAAGGAUUGGAAGACAAGAGCUACGACGACUGGGUGACGGAAAUGAUCGGCAUGCGCGAGAUAUUGAAGCACUUCAGCAACGUGUCGCGCAACGACAUUGUCGGAAUGCGCGCGCCGUAUUUGAAACCAGGUCGUAACACCCAGUACAAAGUUAUGGAGGACUAUGGUUUCAUAUACGACAGCAGUAUCGGCGUUUCACCGGUCAAAACACCCAUUUGGCCUUACACGCUUGAUUAUAAAGUGCCGCACGAAUGCAAGGCUGGAACUUGCCCCACGAAAUCUUUCCCAGGUGUUUGGGAAUUGCCUUUGAACACUCACUACAUCGAAACUUACGAGGGCGGUCAUUGCCCGUACUUGGACCAGUGCGUGCUUCACAGCCACGAUGCCCAGGAAGUUUUCGAGUGGCUGCAGGAGGACUUUAGCCGCUAUUACGAUCAGAACCGCGCGCCUUACAUGAUGCCCUUCCACACCAAUUGGUUCCAAAUCAAAGAGCUCGAAAACGGCUUGGCCAAAUUCUUGGAUUGGGUGACGACGCUACCUGACGUUUACUUCGUCACGGCUACACAAGCUCUGAAUUGGAUGACAGAUCCAAAGCCAAUCAAUGCACUGAGCAACUUUGAUGGCUGGGCAUGCAAGAAAACAGAAAACCUUCCCGAACCAUCAUGCAACUAUCCAAACAAAUGUGCCUUGGACUUCAAACCAGCUGAUGCAAAUUUCACAACAACAAGGUACAUGGAAACCUGCAGAGAGUGCCCCGAAAAAUAUCCUUGGCUGCACGAUGCCAAAGGUACUGGUCGAUUGAAUGACAACUACACUGUUUACAGCACUGAAAAAGAGUAGGAAUAAUA